UUUAUCUGCGAGAAAAAUGUUUGUUUUUGUUCGUGUGUGAAAUUUAUGUUGAUCAAUUUGCAAGUUUUCAGGUGAAAAUUCUUUCCUUAUCGUGGAAAAUUCUUUGCUACUGUACUCUGUGAAUGCUCUGAAAGGUUCUGGAGUUGAAGUUCUCAGGAUAUUUUUACUGGGAGCGAGAUUUGGAAAAGAAUUUUCUUCCGGUGUGUGGGAAAUUGGGAGUGAAAUAUGGCUCCGGGUGCGAAUACAAACAACAACGGUGGUCAGGGCAACGGAAAGCGACAGACGGGAACGGUGCCAAAGACAAAGGCGAGGAAGAAUUCGAGUGUUCCCCAAGAGGUUGUCGUGCCCACUCGUCGCGAUCUUCAGCAUUUAAACGAUCUUGUGAAUAAUCUCCAACCGGAGGAGGUGAGCUUGAUAAGGAGUCGCAAUAGACGAACACCUGGUGAAGGGGGCUGCUACGAAUUGGAAAAUAUCUCACUUCAAGAGAAUAGUCGCUUCAUACCCGUUCGUCCAAUUUUGCGUCGUAAUCUCCUGCAUGAUGACCUCACAGAUCAGCACCCAUUGAGCCACAAUCCAGCAAAUCCCGCAGCAAUUGGUGUGGUCAUCCCCACGACCCCGAAUACAGUGAACGAAGCUCCGAGAUUGGCGCAGGAAGCUCACAGAAUAACCGAAGGAAGUUCCCCGCAAAUCCCAACGAAUCUCCCCGCAAGGCACGCACUCAAUGAGCGAAGUCUCUCAGCAAUUCGGGGGAAUAUUGAGGAGCGUCUGAGUCAAAUUCAGGACUACAUUCAGAUCACAUCCGGACUCAUUACUUCCAUUCGCACCGACAAGUCAGGACACGCGGAGAUGGUGAACGUGGACCAAACGCCCGAACCCAUUGACUCCACAAACUUGGAGACGAUCGCCAACAGUGGCAGUGAGUCAGAGAUCAAUGGGCCACGACCGCAGUCAGUGACGAGUAUUCACUCCACACCGGAUACACCGUUGCUGGAGGAUCUGCAGCAACGUCUUGGGGUGUCAAGUAGGAAUAUGCAGAACAUUAAGGAGCAACAGCAGCAGUUGAUGCGCCUGCAGCAGGUGGCAAAGCAGCAAUUGCAGGAAAUGGAGCAGAUUCGUGUGCAGAAUCCUCUGGCACAGACGCAAGGGGGGGGUGGUCAGGGGAAUUAUGAUUCAGUUGAGGCUGUGCAGGAUGAUGUGUCGAACUUGAUGACACGCAUGCAGGCAUUGACGAAUUUUAUUCAUGGGCAAAAUGACAUGGCAUCCCUACUGGGGGAGGAUGCUGCAGUAGCCAUGGCGGAGCAGACGAUGCUGCAGAAGAAGCUGCAGGAGUUGAAGGAGCGCAAGAGUCAGAUGGAGAAGCUCGUGAGUGAGUUGCAGAAUAUGAAUGUUGAAGCAGAUCGGGCAUUUGGGGAUGUGCAGCAGCAGCAGCAGCAACAUGUGGCCAAUGGGGAUGCUGCGAGAGUUGUUCCCAUUUCCUUGGAAAGGAUUGUUCCGAUUGAACUCCUUCCGGGAGCUGUGGGGCAGACAAAUGGGGCCCUACAGCCGUCAGAUGUUGAGUCUGAGACGGAGAAUGCGGAGCUGGAGGGGUUGGAUGAGGCAGCAGAGGCAGGGAAUAGUGAGAUUGGUGAUAAAAUUGCUGAGAUAAAUGCAAUGAAGGAUCAAUUGAAUCGCCUCAAGGAUAUGAUGGAGACGGUGAAAUUGAUUGAGAUGAAGACAAGCAUGGGGGAGGAUCCCGAUGAGGAUGUUCCAAUGAUGGCACAGAAGCCGGCGCAUGUGGAGAAUCUAAAUAAUUUAUCCGGAAACUUGCAGGGUGGUGCUAAAGUGACAAAUGCAGACUUUGAUCGUCCACAGAGGGAUGAAAGUGUUCUGAGUGAUCGUGUUCAGGCACUUCAUGCCAUGACACAGGAUCUCCGUGCGCAGGCCCUGUCGCUUGUGUCCGAAAGGGAACGCUUGAAGAAUAUAAAGGAUGAAAUGGAGCGUCGGAGGGAUGAUAUGUUGGAGAAGACGUCAAAUCAGAGCGGAAGCACCAUCAGGGAAGUGAGUCCUGCACCACAGGAGCAACAUAGGGAGCAACAGCGACAGCAGCAGCGGGAGCAGCAACGUCUCAAGGAGGAGUAUGAGUCAAAGAAGAAGGAAUAUGAGAAGAUUGUGGAGAAACUCCAAGCUGAGCAACAACGGCAAGUUACGGGGCAGCACCAACAGCCACCAAGACGUGCAAAUCCCAAACAAAUGAGCACAGAAUCCACCGACAGUACCAUCCCAAUUGAUGCGUCAAGCCUCAAAUCCGGCAGUACGAAGAGUCUUCAGCAAAUUGGGAUGGAUCGUAGUGCAGCAAGUGGGGCGAGUGGUGGGGGGGCGUGGAGGAAGAUUUCUCGGGAAAAUGUGGAAAUGUCUCCCGGGAAUGCAACUCCACAUCCCCUUUCCCUGCCUGCCAAUCACUUCUCCCCAUGCAACUCCUUCUACGCUACUCCCGCACAGAACUUCUGCCCACAGACGCAUGCGGGAUUCAAUGUGGACCAUCAGAGUCCGCAGUGUCAUCAUCAUCAUCUCGCAGCAAAUGAUCCUUUCUGCGGGAGUGUCUACGCAGGGAGUCGCGGAGGGGAUUCACUGCUACUGCAGCAGUUUAUCCAAACACAGCAGAUGCUCAUUAAUUCAGUGUCGCAGUGCAAUCAGCUGCUCUGGUCACAGCAGAGGGAGCUCAAUAAUCUCAACAAUGCCGUUCUCUUGCUUCAGGAGCGUCUUCUGAAGCAAGACCCAACGCAUGAGGGUGUUGGCAUUGGGAAUGCAUCAAUGCGUGCUGAAUCCGUACCGCCAAAUGUUGCCACAACAUCAACUGCUGGCAAUCAAAUGUCCACCUUCCUGCAACGAGCUCAAUCGGAGCAACCAACGUACUUUGCGGGGGCGCAAAAUCAAUUUCCACCCCCACUUAGUCCGGUACGAAUCUACCCGAAUUAUCAGAAUCAGCAAAUGCUGCGGAAUCAGCCGGGGCCACCGCAGAGUAGCAAUAAUGCUGUGAAUAAUCGCAUUGCACGUGUUGCUGGGAAUGUGCAGCAAGCGCAAGCAAAUGGGGGUGGGUUCUAUCAGCAGAGCACUGGGAAUGGGGAUGGGCAGCAGCAGCAGCAGCAAUUAUUUGGGAAUCUCAAUCCCUUCACAACGGCCAACAAUGCAGCAACGCAGGGCAAUCAACAGCCGGUGCUGCUCAACAACAACCCCAAUUCCCUGCUGAAUGCUCAAACAACAUCCACGCCAAUCUUCAUUCAUCACAACAACAACACAAGUGGGGGGAAUAAUGCGAAUCUGCAGCAUCAUCAGAAUGCCACCACUGUGGCCAAUACGGCCUUUGCAACGCAUGUCCCUCCACCGGCGCUCAAUAAUCAAGUUGCUCCUGGGAAUCGUGCCAACAACUACUGGGACAACUUCCGCAGCUAUUCUCGACAGAAUUUACUUUCUGGCAAUAGUUGCAAGAGCAAUGAGGAUUCUUGUAGUUCCUCCUCGUCGAAUUUCCCCUUCAAUACGGACCACAGGGCGCCGCAUUUUCGCAAUCAACCAAAUAAUUUGCCCGUGUUGGAGAAUAAAUUUGAGCAUCAUCGCUUCCGGAAUGAGGUGAAUCAGGUGAAUUGUGGGGGGAUUAUGGAGCAACAGCACGUUGAGCAGCAAGUACAGAUGAUCCCAACAACUGUUGGUGGGGAUGUGCUGCAGCAGCAGCAUCCGGUGAAUCCAAUGUCAGACGUUCUGGGCUUCCAUACGAAUCCCAUUAAUUUGGGCGUGAGUGAAUUCAGUGCAAAAUCCAAGACACAAGCAAAGGGAAAUGGGAACAAGAAGCGUUCAAGGCGCACAAUGGAUCGAAAUAUUUUGACUGUAAAUCCCGAUUCUGUGGCGAGUGAUGAUAGAAACCUCGCUAGUGCAUCAUCGGGGCGAAAUACAAAGUCCACAUCGAAGUUCUUUGAGGAGCUAAAGGAGAAUGUCUACAUGGAGGUGUCUGCCCUCAUUGCGGCCAAUGAGCUACGGCCGUACUUCCUCAUACAGCUCUUCCGGGAUUUGCAGCUAAUGUCAUCGGAUCCAAUGCGACAGCAAACACUUCAAUCCAUUCAAGAGCUCUACAAUCGCUACGUUGAGUCGACAAUACACGUUGAGGCUGAAGCUUAUGGGUCAGCAGAUGCCGCAAAUCCCGCAGAUGGGGACAAUGUCAGCAAUGUGCAGGAUCAGGAGGAGCAGCAGUUGCAGGAGAAUGCAAGGACGGAGCAUUUUGACUAUCAAUCAUCCACUCAAAGCACACCAGCUCGCUCUGCUGAAAAUGCCGUCCAACCGGAUUAUGAUAUGUUACGAAUUGUGGCACAAGAAGUAUCUGAAUUCCUGCAAACAGUUGAAAUUGUCAAUGAGGCUGCCCUACAGCGUAUUGGGACAAUUGUUCUCACCCACCUAAAUAAUACAAUUAAUGAGAAGCUAACACUCAGCAAGUACUACAUAAAUCAGGAGGACUUUAUGCAUCAUCUGUCGACAUAUAGUCGUUCGGGUGAUAAAGAGGAACUCCUUGCGAGUAUUGAGAACUACCUCACGGGCCUAAUACUCCCAGCAGCGCAUGAGGUUGUCCUCCAUGAGGGUGCGGAGUGCGUUGAAGGUGCCGUUGGGGGUGAUUUAACGUCACAUCCGGCCGAAAUGGAGGGUUAUUUGCAAAUUGUAACACCACACAGGGGUAGUCAGGACAAUAUUGUGGAUGUUGGGGGUGUUUUUGGGAGUAUUCCCUGCAAUGGGGAUCUCGCAGAAGCCGAUCAAGUGUGCAGCAGUGAGAGUCUUUACGAAGAGGAAGUUCAGACAACUCCACAGGUGGUGCCGCAAAGUGAUCAGAGGCGUGAGGUGAGUCCAAAAAUUUUGUUUUUUUUUAUUUUUUUGCAAAUUUUAUUGUUUAGUGUGCAAAGGAAUCUCAUUUUGGGCAUCCUUGAAGACCUAUUUUUCCUACGGUUUUAUUCAAUACAAAAAUCUGGUGAAAAUGAAAGUUAAAAUAUGAUGAUUUCCGUAAAAUUCCGGAUAUUUUUGUAUUAUUUCAAGAAUAUUUAUCGAAUGUUUUGAAUUUGAGCUCUUCAUGAGCUAAAUAAUGAAUUUUCAGUAAAAAAAAAUUAUCAAAGGGGUCGAUUAUGAUAAAAAUAUUUUCUUUUCUUUUCCAACAACUUAAAAGUUUUUGGAAGAUUUUGCUAGUUAAUGUUUUUAAAUCAUUUUAUUGUCGGUAUAUGAUAUUGCCUCGACACGAUAUAUAUAUUGUUGGUCUAUAAAAGAAAAACAAAGAAUUGGUCGUUCCAGAAAACAUUCAGAAAGAUCUUUAAAGAUUUCUGGAAAUGUAAUUUUUCUUCAAAAACACGAUUAAAGAGAGAAAUAAAAUGUCGAAAUCUUAUAAAUUUUUUCUCAGAAUACCAAAAAUCUUACCACUGAGGAAUUGCAAGAAAAAAAGAAAAGAUUUGUAUCAGAAUCAACUGAUCAGUCAUCAAUUUUCUUAUGUUGAAAAGAAAAUCAGAGAAAUUGUCAUAGAAAAACUUCAGUUUGGAUAUUUUUAAGGAGAAUCUCAUUUUGUUUCCAUUUUAAAGCUUUUGGGGCUUCCAAAAAUGGAGAAAAUUAUACGAAUAUUGUAUUUUUAUAAUAAUUUUGUUACUUUUAGCUAUUCUGCUAUUUUUUGACUAUUUAACUUGCAAAAAAAGCUACCCACAAGAUAACUGAUGAAUAUUACCCUGUUUCGUGACAUUCCGGGACGAACGACCUGCUAAUGUCCUACGAAUUGUCUCGUGCUGUCGUGUGACUAUUAAUAUUUUUUCGCUUCUAUUUUAUUUAAUUUCUUUCGCAAAACUUUAGCUUGACAAAAAACGUUUAAAGUGUUGUUAAAAUAAGCCCUAAAUUGGAGGCAAAAAAAAAUAAAAUAUUGAAUGAAGAAAAUCCUUUUCAGGAGGAAACUGUCUGGAUAUCGGAUGAAGAAGUAGAAAUUCUCUCAACAAAUGGAAAUACUUCAAAUAGUGCUGAGGGAAAGCAUUAAAGGAACUCAAUUAAAAUUGUCGGACUUUAAAUUCAAGAAAAAAAAAUUAUUUGUUUUAAAGAAAUUUUCAUUUAAUUUACGAGAAUGUUGCAAAAGACAGCCUAGUGAUGAAUCUCUUUUUUCUUUUCUCUUUUAGUCAAUAAGUCACUUUUAAUUAAUUCAAUUAGAAAUUAUUAAUACAGUAAUACAGCAUUUAACAAGAAUAAUUAGCACCACUCUCCAGAGAUUACAAAUAAUUAAUUCUCUUUCCUUUUUUUGAUGAAAAAUACAAAUAUUUAUCCAAUAAAAAAUAUAUAAAAAUAAAACAUUUGUGUGACAAUUUCACAAUCUCCUCUAAUAAGUAUACUGUAUAGAGUAAUUGUUAUAAUGAAAAUUGGGGAUUUGUGAAUAAAAUUAGCAAUGUUUUACAACAA